UCCCAUCUAUUGUCCAUAUUCACAGUUCAGUAUCUGGAUUAGAAAAGGAAAAAAAAAAGAUAAUGCGUGCUGGUAUAAACUUCUAGUCCCUCUCUGCUGGAAUUGGCUAUUGGUCGCUGCCCUAACCUCCGCCGAUCUUUUGGACCCUGGCCUCCGGCCUUCUUCGCGCGAGUACCGCGCAUGAGAGAGGAUGGCGUGCGCAAAUAUAUCAAGCAAGGCUAUGUUGUUGUCCAGAACGACACCGGCAAGUGCCGUGUUUCGCCGUGUGGUUUCCGCGUCGACAAUUGGCAGCGUCCGAUGCAAGCAUGUUUAUAUGCGGAAAGAGAACCCGUUUGCGUCCAAAGAAGCUCUUCGGAGAGAGUUGAAGUGGGUGGGAAACGAUCGGGUGGCUCUCAUGAAUCGCAUCGAGAAGAUGCUUACGGAUGACGAGUUUGAGAAAGCGGUGGCCCUGGUCAUGGCUGCGGAGAAGGAGGGUGCAGAUUCCAUUGCGUCGUGGAAUGCUCUACUGAGCGAGGAGUUGAAGAAGAAUGGGCCAGAGAUGGCAUUUAAGUUGUUCAAUGAUAUCAAAAAGAGAGGAGUGAAACCGAUUGCGCAGACAUAUACCAUCCUUUUUCGGGAAUUAUCAAAACACCAAUCCAGGAAGGCGGUGAAGAUUGCAAUGUCCUUGUACAAUUCGCUGAAGCCUGACUCUUCAACACCACGCUCGAUCGUCCACACCAAUGCGAUGCUACAAGUUUGUUCUAACCACAAUGAUAUGGACACCCUAUGGGAGGUAGCUGGCGAACUCCCUUCAAGUGGGCCAGAUGCACCUGACAGUAUAACAUACUCCAUUAUCCUAAAUGCCAUACACAAAAAUACCAAACUAGCGACGCAGAAGUUGCACCCAAUUAACGAUGCUGAAAUUAUUGCGAAAAAGAAAAUCCCUGCAAUACGUGAUGGGCGUAUAAUUUGGAUGGAAGUGACGGACAAAUGGCGCAAAGGUCUUUUAGCUGUUGACGAGGGGCUCAUAUUCCAAAUGGCAAAUCUGCUUAUCUUUGGAGGUCGAAGACGGGAUUGUUUUGACCUGCUGGCAUUGCUCGAGCAAAGUAUGAAUAUAAAGCGCCCUGACGCCAUGUUGAAACUUGUCCGUGCCGCCGAGGAACGUACGGAAUCGUCCAAUGCUCCAGGAAAGAAAGGACAGAAUUCCUGUCAUCCUACGAUGGAAGAUCAGGGUGAAGUGCAGAAGUCUGGGGAGAUAUCAUCCUCCGAUCUAUUCAAGCCCAUAUAUUCGGGUGGUGUUCGCACGAAAGCUGCUUCACGUCCUAGCAGCCCCGCUUCGGCCUACCCUCUACCAACAAACCGAGAACUCACGGUAAUUCUGCGAGCAUGCCGGCAUUUCGCUGGCGGACCUGCUAUCGGCCGACAGUAUUGGACCGUUCUUACGGCACCGGAUGGGCUAUUUAGGAUCGACCCAGACCGCACGUCAUACCACGAGUAUCUACGAACACUCCGUGCCACCCGCUCUAGCGCCGCGUCCCUUGAAAUCAUCCAGAACAAGAUGAUACCUAAAGGAGUAGCCUUUACAAAUACAUUUGUGAUUUCGCUCAGCACAUGUUUUCGUGACAAGCUUAAUCCGAACAUUCUCGAUAUAGCCGGGGCUCUGAUAGAUAUUAUGCCUACCACAUGGGCCGGCUCACACCCUAAGCCUAUCUCUGCUUAUGUUGACCUUGUUCGAGAGACUGUUUCCCCUGCACGACUUUACGCGGAUACGAGGAAGGAGGGCUCCUUUCCAGGAAAGAGUCAGAAUCAGCUGUACAAAGAUAGACUUCUAGACGCCGUUAGACACUUGGUCCCUCACAUCAAAAAGCUACAACAAUUUAUCAUCAGCCGGCAGCGGAACGGCACAAUAGGUGGACGGAUGUACGACGACGAGGAGGAAGAGGUUAGAGAGCACGGUGCUUCUUCUCCCGCGGCCCUAGCCGAUGAAUCCCAUCGCACACUAAAGCGUAUCGCUGGCAUGAUGAAAGACCUUCUUGAUCCGUCGAUAGCCCCCCUGUUAAGUGAUUCAGAACUUGCUCAGUUGAAAACGCAGUCACUCAAGCUACGCCGCCUUUUGAACCCAAUAAGUCACAUGCCGUCCUUAGAUGAAAAUCAGUCCAACCGCGCUUCUUCGUCGGAGAAUCCCAAUCCUUGAUGUGAUGAAUCGAUCCUUCGUUUUUCUCCUUUCCUGUGAAAGAUUGUGGAAAACGAAAGCUUAGUCUUUAUUAUUCUUAUGGACAUCAUUUCUGCAUGUUGCUCUGUUUUCAGAAAAAGCAUCUUCUAUCUAAGCUGCCUUCAAAUCUUCCAAUUUCGAAAUCCUGUAUAAAUACCAUUUUCUUCUUCCCAGUUCGAAUAUUUUUCUGGGAUCUCUUCACUAGGCUUACUGGGGUGCUUUUGCAAACAAUUUAUCUGUCAAGCGAUACUUUGUACACUGUAUCUGCAUUUGGAAUUGUUUUCUUGCGGGGAAUAUCUUUUAAGCUGAACCAUCUUGUUGUCGUUAUCUUUAUGCAUAGUGCAUAUUACAGUUGCGG